UAAUUUAUCUGUGGGGGUUCGGCCAUGGCACGGUGAGGAAGCGGUCGAAGUGUUCAAAAGAGGCGAGAGCGGCGAUGAGUACCGGAGGCGUAGAGAAGGGCAGUGGAGGCGGUGGGUCUGUCAAGACACCGGCGGACUUCCUCAAGUCGAUCCGAGGCCGCCCUGUCGUCGUCAAGCUCAACUCGGGGGUCGACUACAGAGGUAUUCUUGCCUGUCUGGAUGGGUAUAUGAACAUUGCAAUGGAGCAAACAGAGGAGUAUGUGAACGGUCAGCUGAAAAAUAAGUAUGGCGAUGCAUUCAUCAGGGGAAACAACGUUCUAUACAUAAGCACUUCAAAAAGGACAGUUGCUGAAAGUGGUUGACUGUUCUCCACAGUCCAACUUGUGUGCUCAUCUAGAUUGUUUUCAGAUUCGAUAGGAGUUAUUUCGUAGACUUCGACUUUUGGUUAUCUCGGUGUUAUCUGGUACUGUCUGUUCCACUGUUUAAGGUUUGAACGGGCAAGCCCGUCGUCGUCAA